AUGAAAGCAUUCGAGUUCAAGGAGACCCUCGGAACUGGGGCAUUUUCUGAAGUGGUUUUAGCCGAAGAGAAAGCAACUGGAAAGCUCUUUGCGGUGAAGUGCAUUCCUAAGAAGGCGCUGAAGGGCAAAGAAAGCAGCAUAGAGAAUGAGAUAGCCGUGCUCAGAAAGAUUAAGCAUGAAAAUAUUGUUGCCCUGGAAGACAUUUAUGAAAGCCCAAAUCACUUGUACUUGGUCAUGCAACUUGUGUCCGGUGGAGAGUUGUUUGAUCGAAUAGUGGAGAAGGGAUUUUACACAGAGAAAGAUGCUAGCACUCUGAUCCGCCAGGUCUUGGAUGCUGUCUACUAUCUCCAUAGAAUGGGCAUCGUCCACAGGGACCUCAAGCCUGAAAAUCUCUUGUACUACAGUCAAGAUGAGGAGUCCAAAAUAAUGAUCAGUGACUUUGGAUUGUCCAAGAUGGAGGGCAAAGGAGACGUGAUGUCCACCGCCUGUGGGACCCCCGGCUACGUUGCUCCCGAGGUCCUCGCACAGAAACCUUACAGCAAAGCUGUUGACUGCUGGUCCAUCGGAGUGAUUGCCUAUAUCUUGCUCUGUGGCUACCCUCCCUUUUAUGAUGAAAAUGACUCCAAGCUCUUUGAACUCAUACUCAAGGCAGAGUAUGAGUUUGACUCCCCCUACUGGGAUGACAUCUCUGACUCUGCAAAAGACUUCAUUCGGAAUCUGAUGGAGAAAGAUCCAAACAAAAGAUACACAUGUGAGCAGGCAGCUCGGCACCCAUGGAUUGCAGGUGACACGGCCCUCAACAAGAACAUCCACGAGUCCGUCAGUGCCCAGAUCCGGAAGAACUUUGCCAAGAGCAAAUGGAGACAAGCGUUUAAUGCCACCGCCGUUGUGAGGCAUAUGAGAAGACUCCAUCUUGGCAGCAGCCUGGACAGUUCAAAUACAGGCAGCCUCAGUUUGGCCGGCCAAAAUGAUUGUCUGGCACCCUCCACGCUCUGUAGUUUCAUUUCCUCUUCAUCAGGGGUCCCUGGAGUGGGAGCCGAGAGGAGACCGAGGCCCACCACUGUGACGACUGUGCACUCUGGAAGCAAGUGACUGGCUCUGGAUGUGGGGCCCAGGGGCGAGGCCUCGGGCAGAGCCAGGGAAGGGGGUCCCCAGGGCCAUCAGUGCCACCAGCCACCCCAGAGUGACCCCACCUUGCAUGGUGCGCCUACCUGCACAGGACUGGAAGACAGAAGUUUUUUAUGGCCAUAUUUUAUACUGCAAUUCUGAAGUGUUCAUUUCUCACAAACUGUACUGACUCAAGGGAGCUGAUUUAACAGGACCUGGUGCUGUAUAUAUGAAUCUUGCAAAGCUCUAAUGGAUGGACUCUCUUUGUCCUCUCCCCAACUUUCAUCAUUUCUGCUCUUCUCACUAUAGGUAACCAUCUAUGUUGUAUUUUUCAUUAAUGACAUAAAAGGUUCAACUGGAUUAUUUAAGUAUUGGUAAAUAUUGUGCAUUAGGGUUUUUCUUUCCUUUUAAGAUAUAUGUCCUUGCAAUCUAUACUUAGUUACAUGACCUAUAUCGUUUGCUUGUUGGUAGCGAAGUUUUAUGUUAACCGUUAGGAGAUUUUUUUCCCCUC